CGGGGCAGCGGCGCCGGGCGGGAGGCGGCGGGCGGAGGGCAGGGCAGGGCCGGGCAGCGCAGGGCGGCCCCGGGCCGCAGCGGCUCCUUCCCGGGGCUGGAGCGGCUCCUUCCCGGGCCGGAGCGCCUCCCGGCGGCGGGGCCCGCGGCCCGGCCUGCUCGCCAUGAACAUCGACGUGGAGUUCCACAUCCGCCACAACUACCCCUGGGCCCGGCUGCCCGCCAGCGUCAGGCAGGGUCUUGGAAACUCCCAGAGGGAAUAUGAGAGGCAGGUCGUGCUCUACAGCAUCCGCAAUCAGCUGCGAUACCGGAAUAACUUAGUUAAGCAUGUCAAGAAAGAUGAACGUAAAUAUUAUGAAGAUCUGUUAAAAUACAGUCGAGAUCAUCUCAUGUUGUACCCGUAUCAUUUGUCUGACAUCAUGGUGAAAGGUCUGAGGGUAACACCGUUUUCCUAUUACACAGGGAUAAUGGAGGAUAUAAUGAACAGUGAAAAAAGCUAUGAUUCUUUACCCAACUUCACUGCUGCUGACUGUCUAAGACUUCUGGGCAUAGGAAGAAACCAGUAUAUUGAUCUAAUGAACCAAUGCAGGUCUUCAAAAAAAUUUUUCAGAAGGAAAACUGCCCAUGAUCUGUUGCCUGUGAAGCCCGUGGAGAUCUCUAUAGAAGCGUGGUGGGUCGUGCAGGCUGGUUACAUCACUGAGGACGACAUCAAGAUUUGUACUACAUCAGAGAAGUCUGCUAUUGAUAAGAUAAUUGAUUCAGGUCCUCAACUUGCUGGCUCCUUAGACUUCAAUGUUGUUCACAGUUUGUAUAACAAAGGAUUUAUUUACCUUGAUGUACCAAUAUCUGAUGACAGCUGUAUUGCAGUGCCACCACUCGAAGGUUUUGUGAUGAACAGAGUUCAAGGUGAUUACUUUGAAACACUACUGUACAAGAUAUUUGUUUCAAUAGAUGAACAUACUAAUGUUGCAGAGCUGGCAAACGUGUUAGAGAUUGACUUAUCUUUAGUAAAGAAUGCUGUGUCCAUGUAUUGUCGGUUAGGCUUUGCUCAUAAAAAAGGCCAAGUAAUAAACCUGGAUAAUCUUCAUCCGUCAUGGAAGAAUGUUCCUUCUGUAAACAGACUGAAGAGUACUUUGGAUCCUCAAAAGAUGCUGCUUUCAUGGGACAGUGGGGAAAACAGAAGUCCUAUACAGGAAGCUGGGUCAUCAGCCACAGAUACAGAUACCAACAGCCAAGAUGAUCCAGCUGAAACAGCCAGUGUGAGCAGCCUGAACCUGUCCAGUGGACACACGAAGCGCAUUGCCUUCCUGUUUGAUUCUACUCUCACUGCCUUUUUAAUGAUGGGAAAUCUCUCACCAAACUUGAAAAGUCAUGCAGUCACUAUGUUUGAAGUUGGGAAACUAUCAGAUGAGAGUCUUGACAGCUUCUUGGUGGAGCUGGAAAAGGUUCAAAGCACAGGGGAGGGGGAAGCACAGCGAUACUUUGACCAUGCCCUCACGCUGAGAAACACCAUCCUGUUCCUGCGGCACAAUAAAGACCUGGGCGCGCAGGCUGUACAGCCUGAUCAGCCAAAUAACGGGUUUCCCUUGGACCUGUUACGAUGUGAGAGUUUGCUCGGGUUGGAUCCAGCUACCUGCAGCAGAGUUCUCAACAAAAAUUACACUCUGCUGGUUUCCAUGGCACCACUCACCAAUGAAAUUCGACCUAUUAGCAGCUGUACACCCCAGCAUAUUGGGCCUGCAAUACCAGAAGUCAGUUCAGUUUGGUUCAAGCUGUAUAUAUACCAUAUAACUGGACAAGGACCACCCUCCCUGUUGCUCUCUAAAGGAACACGUCUUCGAAAACUCCCAGACGUUUUUCAGGGUUAUGAUCGCUUACUAAUAACAUCUUGGGGUCACGACCCAGGAGUAGUUCCUACUUCAAAUGUGCUUACAAUGUUGAAUGAUGCUUUAACUCAUUCUGCUGUUCUAAUUCAGGGUCAUGGCAUGCAUGGAAUGGGAGAAACAAUGCACAUACCUUUCCCUUUUGAUGAAGCUGAGCAACAGGGAGACUUCUCUCGUGUGAACAUGGGCAUUCAUACAGCUUUAAAAAUACUGAGAAACAAAGUGGACUUGCAGCACUUUUGUGGCUAUGUCACAAUGUUGAAUCCUUCAAGUCAACACGCUAACAGAAAGCUGAGUGAUGCUUCUGAUGGAAGAGGAGAGACUGAACUGACAUCAGGAUCUGAUGUAAAUGGGAGCACAGAAUCAUUUGAGAUGGUAAUAGAAGAACCCUCAAUGGAUUCUGCAGUCAAGCAAAGCCUUGAAGUACCCACAACUGAACUGGAAUGGGUUCCCCUGGAGUUAUGCUUUGGCAUUCCACUUUUCAGUUCUGAGUUGAAUCAGAAAGUCUGCAGAAAAAUUGCCACUCAUGGAUUAUGUAGAAAAGAAAGCCUUCAAAAACUCCUACAUUCCAGUAGAAAGCUGUCUCUUCAGGUCCUUAAUUUUGUUCAUUCAUUCCAGGAAGGGAUCUCAACACUGGAUCAGCUCCAUGAUGCUGGCUCUUCAAGUUCACCUCUGCAGCCAAUUUCUGCAGACAUGGGUGUUCCUCUUCCUGCCAAGAAUCUCAUGUUCAAGGAAGGUGUAUUAUCUGAAUGGAAUGGAUGGGCCCCUUCCUCAGUUUUUUUCAACCACACCUAGGGAACAGGUCAAAGAGAGGUUCUUGUGCAUUGAUCACUGAAUGCCUUUCUUCUAUUAUGGUUAAUUCCUAGUGCCAACCACUAAGAAGUGUAUGCUGCUGCUGCAGCAGAACCCGUGUAAAAAUAGUGUUACAAAAUGUGUUGUGUUGCAGUACUGGGGAAGUACUUAAACUGUCUAGAACUUGUUACUCAUUACUGCAUAUCUUGCUGCAACAGAGAGCUUUUUAGCUGUCAGCACUAUUUUUAUCUUGAGACAAUCUUUCUUUUAUAACUAAACAUGCCCUUUCUAGGCUUUCUGAUGAUUGUUAAAUUUCUAUGCUGUCACCACAAAAUUGCAAUAGUAGUUUUCUAUGUUCGUUACUCAGACAUAAAUUCUGUUUAGUUUUGUACUGUAUUACUGAAAAUUUUUCUGUAUAAAGAUAAGAGAUUUGGCUCUUCCUCUGAAAGCUCAGUGAUACCAAGUGAUUAAAUAAAAAUAUCAUGAUGA